UGCAACCUCCGGCUCCCCCUCUUUGUGACCCAGUAGGAACUCUGUAGUUCUGGGGUCCGCCAGGGGAGGGUCUCCGGGUGACCAGCGGAGCGGACAGUGUUAAGUUUCAGGCCUCUGACAACUUCGGCGGGGCAGCAGGCUGCAGCGGGCAGGAAGGGGAGGGCCCAGCGGGGCCAGGGGGAGCCUGGCGCGGGCCAGGGGCUGGGUCGGAAAAGCUGCCUCACCCUGGUCCUGCCCCUCCCGUCCCAGCUCUGUGCUCCGCCUGAGGUGCAGUCUCGCCGCGCCUUCCCCGAGGCUGCGCCCGCAGCGGUCGCCAUGUCCCAGCCGGGCCAGAAGCCCGCCGCCUCCCCCAGGCCCCGGCGCGCAACCCGUCACAGCCAGGAGCUGUGAAGUGCGAGCGGGAGCCAGGACCCAGCCAGGCGGAAACUCAGCCUGGGGCCACCAGCACCGCACCCCACGCUCUCACCGGAUCCCCAGACGCGCGGCUGGCAGCAAGUCGUUCACGGCCAUGGCAUUCGCAAGCUGGUGGUACAAGACGCAUGUUAAUGAAAAGAAUACUGGAUCAUCUUCCAAACCAGGAGAAAAGAAAGGAUCUGAUGAGAAAAAAGCAGCAAGCCUUGGGAGCAGUCAACCUUCCAGAACUCAUGUUGGUGGAGCAGUUCCAGCCACAAAGGUACAAGCCCCAUCUGGAGCAACCAGCAAGUCUUCCAGUAUGAGUACCACAGAUGCCAAGGCAAUUCCAGUCAGCAAACAGAUGGAAGGACAAUAUCCUCCUAACAAGAAACGACACAGAAAACAGGCUGUGAAAACAGAACCUGAGAAGUCACAACCAAGUGAGCCAUCCAUGGUUCAUGAGAAAAAGUCCCAAGAAGGAAAGCCAAAGGAACACACCGAACCCAAAAGCCUUCCCAAGCAUGCAUCAGAUAUAGGAAGCAAGCAUGCUCACAAAGAAAAAGCUGUUUCCAGAUCAAAUGAGCAGAUGGUGUCAGAGAAAUCAGCAGAACCAAAGACUAAAUCACAAGAUACUACCUCUGCUGGUGGAGAAAGUGUCGCUGGUGUAGCUACAGCUGCAGCAUCUGACAAAGCAGAUGACAAGAAAAAAGAAAAGAAAUCAUUAGCGCCGGCUCUACCAGUUGAAGCCAAACCGGACAAGUCAUCAGGAAAGUCAGGCAUGGAUGCUGCUUUGGAUGACUUGAUAGACACGUUAGGGGAACCUGAAGAGACUAAUGUUGAUACACCAUAUACUGGACCAGUCGUAUUGGAUCCAAUGGAUUCUAAAUACAUUGAGGAACUGGGUAAAAGAGAAGUGACUUUACCUCCGGAGUACAGGAAACUUCUAGCUAAAAAGGAAGGGAUCACAGAACCUCCUCCAGAUUCUCUGAAAUCCAUGGGGCCAGAUGAUGCUAUAGACGCCUUGUCAUCUGACUUCACCUGUAGUUCUCCAACUGCUGGUGGAAAGAAAACUGAGAAAGAGAAAUCUUCAGGAGAGGUUUUGAAAGCUCAGUCAGCUGGGGUGGUCAGGAGUGCUGCCCCUCCCCAGCAGAAGAAAAGAAAGGUGGAAAAGGAUGCCAUGAGUGAUCAAGCACUUCAGGCUCUGUCAGAUUCUCUGGGCACUCGGAAGCCAGAUCCUGAGCUCGACCUCAGCAAAGUUAAACAAGUUGAUGAGGCAAAAUCAAAAGAAGAAAAACUCGAGAAGUGUGGUGAAGAUGAUGAAACGGUCCCCUCUGAGUACAGACUAAAGCCAGCCACGGAUAAAGAUGGAAAACCACUAUUGCCAGAACCUGAAGAAAAAUCCAAGCCCCUGAGUGAAUCAGAGCUUAUUGAUGAACUUUCAGAUGAUUUCAACCAGUCUAAAUAUAAAGACAAACCAUCUAUGCCAACUGGAAUAACAGAAAAAUCUAAGACCACAACCCCAACUCCUGUGACAGAGGCUGUGCCCUGUGCCUCCAUGUGCAGUAUACAGUCUGCACCUCCCAAGCCAGCUUCCUCGGAGGGCAUGGCGCCACAUGAUGCCAUAGAAGCCUUGGCUGGAAGUCUGGGAAAAAGAGAAGCAGAUCCAAAAGAUGGAAAACCUGUGGUAGAUAAAGUCAAGGAGAAAGCUAAAGAAGAAGACUGUGAAAAACUUGGUGAAAAAGAAGAAACAAUACCUCCUGAUUAUAGACUAGAAGAGGUCAAGGAUAAGGAUGGAAAACCACUCCUACCAGAAGAGCCUAAGGAAAGACUUCCACCCAUGAGUGAUGACUUCCUUCUUGAUGCAUUGUCUGAAGACUUCUCCAGUCCUGCAAAUCUAUCCUCUCUUAAAUUUGAAGAUGCCAAACUUUCUGCUGCCAUCUCUGAAAUAGUUUCCCAGUCACCAGCUUCCACCACCCAUGCUGCAGUCCCGCCUCCUAACACUGCGAAGAAUGACAAAGAACUCGAUGAUGCAUUGGAUAAACUUUCUGACAGUCUUGGGCAAAGGCAGCCUGACCCAGAUGAGAACAAACCAAUAGAGGACAAAGUGAAGGAAAGAGCUAAAGCAGAACAUAGAGACAAGCUGGGGGAGAGAGACGACACCAUCCCACCUGAAUAUAAACAUCUCCUGGACAAUGAUGGGCAGGACAAGCCAGCAAAACCACCUACAAAGAAAUCAAAGGAACCAAAGAAGCCUGAAGGUGGUGAUCAGGACCCCAUUGAUGCCCUCUCAGGAGAUUUGGACAACUGUCCCUCAGCUACAGAAACCUCACAGAACACAGAAAAGGAUAAGAGCAAGAAAAUGGCUUCCAGUUCCAAAGCACCCAAGAACGGAAGUAAAGCAAAGGAUUCCUCCAAGAAAACAGAGGAAGCAUCUAAGCCAAAAGCUGAAGAAAGAAAUACAAGUUAAAGUUUACACUACUGGGUACCGGAUCAUAAAUUCUUCAACUGGUGGAUGGUGACUUUUGAAGAACCAAGGGCUUUGGCAACAGACAAACUUUCUGGGUGGCUUCUAGACAGUGGUAUUUGUUAGGUCAUUUGACAUCUUAAACAUUGGUUUAUUCCUUUCCAGAAAGAAAAUGAAUUUGUCUGGUUCACCUGUGUUAUCGUAUUGAAUAUUGACACACUUCCAUUUUUUAAUUGCCUUUAGUUGGGAGAAAGGAAGCUUUAUAUUUGUAAGAAAUAUAUUUGAUAAAGUUUCUUAAAACACCAAAAAAAUAGGAAAACUUUGCAAACUUUUGCACAUUAUACACACAGUGCCUAUAAAUAUCAUUAGUAUUUCUGGUUUGCACUUAAUAUUUUUUGGCAUUUGAAAAAUAAUGCUUUAAUCAUU